UUGGUUCAUCUUAUUGGAUUACGUCGUCUCAAGGAUCUUGACGUUAGUAUACAUGAGGGGAAGUAAUUGCGUGCUGCACUCUUUUUCCCUUAACCAUGGUUUUUCCCACUGGGUUUUCCUGGUAAGGUUUUAACGAGGCAGUAUCAUACGCGCAUAAUAGACAUCAAGGGGAAGUGUUAUAUUUAUUGUGAUGUCAAUUAUAGAAAGUCUUGUUCACCAAGAUUUACUUGUACUUGGUCUCCAAGCUAAACCCUCAUAUUGUAUCCCUAUAUAAAGAGUUCAUUAUUCAUGGAAUAAGACACACCAAUUCCUCUCUUCUCUUGUCUUCUCUUCUUUAUUCAAAACAUAACUCAAUAUAUAUACAAUAUCCACCCAUUAAUUCGCCACAGAUUUCUUCCUCUCUACUUUUUCGUCACCACCUCUAUCUCUCUCUCUAAAACGGUUGAAGAUUCCGACCAUGUCAGGCGAAAACUGGACUCACGUAGCCAUGUCUGACGACUCGUUGGUGGCGGACGCGCUGCUUCAGCUCCGUCACUCUGAACCGAUGAAAACGAGCAACGCAUCUCUCGUCAAGCUCAAGUGGAGCGUGCGUCAACGGAGAUCAAGAAAAGGAGACCAAACGCGAGCCAGCCCCACCACUCCUCUUUCCUUGAGCGACGCCAUGUCUCUCAGCGGCGGCGGCGGUGGUAUCACCACCGUGGAAGGCCUUGAGGAGUCCAGCGCCACCGUAAAACCCUCUAAGACCUUUAGAUCUAAGGUUUCUCAAACGGGUGCAUUAACAACAACAACUCUUUUCAAGAGAUCAAGGAAGAAAAAGACUUUGGCUGAGCUUAAAGAUGAGGAAGUCAUGCUCUUGAAGGAAAGCAAAGGCCUGAAAAAUGAAUUAGCACGUAUGCGCGAUUUGGUGGAGGAACAAAGAACAAGGAACAAUGCUCUAAAGAAGAUGAAGGCUGAAUCACAAUCUGCCUUGUCCUGCAAACGUUCUUUCCAACAAGGCUCCUCCUUCUUGCUCCCUGACCUAAACAUGCCACUAGAUACAGACAUGAGCCCUGAAGUUAUAUGCUGAAUUAACGGCGAGCCAUGAGCAUAUUAUUCUUUUGUUUUUCCAUCACACCCAAACAACUAUACCUCCUUCCCACAAACAUCUUUUUUUAAACUGUAACUAUAUGAAUAUGAACAAGAUAGUCUAAUCCUCCACAUCCUCACCCAUUCGGCCAUUUCCCAUGGCUUCUGUUCGAGUUUAUGUUUCUUGACAUAUCUUCUUCUCGAGCUGGUAGUAUGAUUUUUUGUUCUGCCAUUCUCUUAAGUGAUUCUCAUCUUUCUCCCUUUUUCAUAGGUUAAUGUAAUCGACCACAUAGAUAAUGGAUACACACUUAUUCUGUAUUUCUUAUUGUAUAUUCUCUCGUAAGAUGUAUUGCAAGAUUACAUCGGCCUUUCUAUCAAUGUAACACGUUAAAAACC